AAAUAAACAUCCUUGAUUGUUAGCAGCAUUAAAUCAGUCUACACAGCUGACAUGGACAUUUUGAAAUUUUGUUUCUCUUUCUUCUUUCUGUUACACAGUUCAACAAUCGGAGAGGACACAGUGGCGGAAGACAUUGAUGUCCAACAACUGGCACGUUUAGUGGAGAUGCUGACACCUAGGGAGUGUGAGGACCUCCUGUCUGCCCUCUCUCACCCAGAGCAAAACAUAUUUGAGCACCUUCAGCGCCUCUCACCAGAAAACAAUCUGCUAGGUCUCCAGCCUCGAGCCAAGAGAGAGGCUCCUUCUGCUCCAGAUAGUGAAGCCCAGUGCCAAACGGCCCUGACAGACUGGCUGCUGAGGUACGGCGAGAAGACCUACUAUGACAGGCUUUCACGUGCCUUGCAUCACAUCGGCAGAACAGACAUCGCCACUGAAGUGGGGAAGAACAUCAACCAGGACAAAGCCUUGAGCCUGAAGCGCUAUGUUGAAGAUUAUCACAAAUAUGUCAACUCGUUAAACUUUGUUUCAGACACAAAACACCAAAAGCGCGGACACCAGAGGGUCAGAAAAAGAAAGGUUAGCGAUCUGACAUGGCGUGACCUGGAUCUGAUUGUGGAGCAGGUUCGCGUCCCUCCAUACCAGAAGGGGCCUUUGGAUGUGGCUCUGCCAGUAUUGUACGGUCUUCUGUUGGGCUUCGGGGGCACCUUGCUCAUAGGCACAGCUUUACUCCUCAUCAUUGUCCACAUUUCUCAUGGAAGGCCUCAGAACUGUCACUCCAGAGCCACCAGCAGUUCCAGCAGUAAAGUCAUGUGAUUUGGGGAGCUUCUGGGAUGUCAGAUGUAAACAUUUCAAAUAUCAAAAAUGAAAUAAGUGCACAAAAAUAAAAGCUGAACAUAUUUUGUCUUCUUUGG